AUGAACACGACAGAAUUCAUCACUGUUGCAGGAUUUGCCAUAUCAUUGCUGUUUCACAUGACCCAAACUGAAGUCUGUCCUCCCUCCUGCAACUGUAAGUCACUGGGAGAAAUGAAGGGUUUGCAUAUAGACUGCAGCUCAAGGAAGCUGACGGAAGUGCCUGCCUUGCCCGUUAACACCAAGAGGCUUUAUCUACAGAACAACAGCCUGACCUCCAUUCCUCCUGGUGCCCUGGACAGCUUGCGCAGCCUGGAGGAAGUGAAAGUAUUUGACAAUCCUUGGAACUGUGACUGUCAUAUUCUGUAUCUAAAACUCUGGUUAGAAGACGUCUCUGCACCCUCUCUUGCAAACAUCAGAUGCGCAACCCCAGCUCCUGUGAGGAUGAAGCCCUUGAGGCAGCUGACCGGGAAUGAGCUGGGGAUUUGUAAAAGGCUUCUCCCAAUCAAGUGUCUUGAGUUCUUUUGGCGAGACCUCAUUUUAAUUGCUGGAGCAAUAAUUACACUUAUUUUAGUAGCAUGGGCUCUGAAAGUCUCAAAAAAGCUGGUCUGCCAAAUGAACCUAAGUCAAUAUGACUCUAGGGGCUGA